AUGAAGACAUUUUCGCUGUUGGCACUUCUUUUCGGUCUCUCUCAAGGUAAUCUCUUUACAGAAUAAUAAAAUCUCCGUCAAAACACGUAAUCUACAGUUUCCGCGGGUUCAGCGGAAACUGUAGAUUACGUGGUAAAACUGAGAUCAAAAUACAUCAUUUAAUUCAAUAAAACGCAACUUUUUGAAUCCUUUAUUUGACCGAAAAGCAAAAAAAUAGCGUUUCGGUCAAAGAAAGGAUACAAAACGAUGCAUUUUAUUGAACUAAAUGAUGCAUUUUGAUGUCAUUUGCCACAUUUUUCCUCUCCGAUUUUUCUCGGCCUAGCCCUAAGUCAACGUUUGUUUUACUUUCAGCCAGCCAACAGCUCUCGCCAUGUCUGCAGAAGUGUCUUGAGCCUAUGGCCAAGAUCGAGAAAACCAUCUCCUAUGUCUACCGCAACUACGAAGAUGUCUGUGACAUUCUGGAGAAGCAGGCGCUGUGCGCUCAAGAUUGCUCCGCCACCGACCGUGCCAUGUUCUUCCAAUACACCACUUUCUACAGAAUCCACUGCGUCGAUAUGGAAGAGGGUAAUUAAAGCUAGCCCCUGCAUACAAUAAUUAUCAAAUUUUCAGAGCUAGAAGACCAUAUGCCCUGUUUGAAGGAAGCGUCCUACAAGGCCGACUUUGGUAAGCUACCUUCGCAAAAAACUAACCGAAAUUGAUUAUUACAGUCUGUCGUGACAAAUGCCAGAACAAACAGCAAAAAACUCUCACCAAGGAGGAGAAACAGAGCAAUGUCUGCAAGUAAGUUGGUAAAAAUUUUCUCGUGAUUGAACUAUCGUCUUUUAUCAGUUAAAAAAUUUAAUUUUCAGGACUGUUGAAUGUUCUACUCUUUGCUACUUCAAACAGUUCUCCGAAUCUUGCCCCAAGGCUCAGAAUGUGAUGGUGGUAAGUUUGAGUGGACAAUAGUUUGCAGGACAGUAUCCAGUGGUAAAAACGGACCUCUGAUUGCCUUCGGGAGGCAUUCGGAAUGCCGCUAAAUACUCCCAGAAAGCAAAUAGUUGAAAUUUCUCGAGCUGAUACUCUCAGAGUUUCGGCACACUUUGUGUAUUUGAUCUAGCAAGUCCAAUUUUGAUCACUGAAUGUUUAAUUUGCUGGCGCAACCGAGUUAUUCAACAAUUUUUGGAGACGAGGGACAAGAAGAAGGAGGAAAGGCGGUCGAUAAAAAAGUAGAUCCAGUGACAAAAGGGCUUCUGAUUGCAUCCGGGAGGCAUUUCAAAUAUCACCAAAUACCUCCUCUCCGACCGAAAAUAUAGCAUUCUUCAGAAGCGAGAGCGAGAAAGUUUCCCUGACGGAAAGAAAAGAGAGGGAAACAUUUCGGAAAGAAUUGAAUGUUUCCCUCUCUUUUCUUUCAUAAACGGCAACUUUCUCGUUCUCUCUUCACAAGGAAAGUACUUUUAUGGGGGCUCCUACUUUUUGACCGGACAUAUCUCAAAAAAUCAGAAAAAAUGUGCUGAUCAAGGAUAUAUAAAUCUUAGCUGCCCAUUUUAGGUUUUUAGGGGUGAAAAUUCCCAAAAACUGGCUUAAUUUCCCCACAAAAGGCGCAGGCAUUCGAAACGAUAAAAAGCGCGGUCGGUCUCUUCCUUCGGAAGAGAGCGGUGUGGCCGAGUGGUUAGUGCCGUAGUCUGGGAAUCAAGAGGGGUAACGCCGCACGGGUUCGAUUUCUCUUUUGGGCCGAAUCAACUUUUUUUGAAGUCGAAGGUCUGAAAAAUAAAUUUUUGGGCCAAGACUGAUUUAUUACGUCUUAGAAACUCAUUAAACAUCAUUUUAAGCCAAAAUAAAAAUUGUAAACCUGUGAAAAAUUAAGCGAAAAGGGGUUCAUAUAGGACCUAAAGUCAACUUCCGAUUGAGUUUUCACCCCUAAAAACCUAAAAUGGGCAGCUAAGAUCUAUAUAUCCUUGAUCAGCACAUUUUUUCUGAUUUUUUGAGAUAUGUCCCGUCAAAAAGUAGGAGCCCCCAUAAAAGUACUUUCCUUGUCAGAAUAAUUCUAUUCUUUUUCAAAGAGGGAAGUAUUUAGCGGUAUUUUAAAUGCCUCACAAAUGAAAUCAGAAGUCCUUUUGGUCACUGGGACUACUUUUUUUUCAUCGACCGCCUUUCCUCAUUCUUCUAGCCCUCGUCUUCAAAAAUCUUUAAUAAGUCGGUUGCACCGGCAAAUUGUGGACUGAUACUUUUAUCAAUCGAAAUUCCGCUAGCUAGAUCAUACACACAAAGUUUUUCCAACCUCUCAGAGUGUUAGCUCGAGAAAUUUCAACUAUCGGUCUGUCGGGAAAAUAAUGUGGAUUUGUCGCAUUAAAACGUCAAGCCUCACUACAGUCUUGCUCCAAAUCCCCAGCCGCGGCUACCCUCGCAAGGCAAUUAUGGGCGAUUCCAAGACGCGACAAAUCCACAUUAUUUCCCCGACAGACUGAUAUUGGCUUUCUGGGUCCUUUUGUGCACAAUUUUUAAACUUUUCCGCCAUUUUCCCCGAGUCUUAUUUAAAAUUUGGACUAGUCAACUUCAGUAGUCCAUAAUUCAAUCCCAUUUUCCAGAAACUCAACGUCCGCAACGCCGAGGAGAUGCGUCGUUUGACGCACGAGAAGCACGUCCAAGACAUGAGCGAGCAAUGCCGUCGGAUUCACGACGGUGACUACAUUCGCAGUCAACUAUUAGAUGCGGUUCGCCACGACAAGCCCGAGAAAGCUUCAAAAUCCGAAAAAUCGGACAAAAUGGAAAAGAAAAUUAAGAAAAACUAA